UUGAAAUACCUCCUUCCACACAAUGCUUCUCAGUUUCGAGACCUCAACGCACAACUGCUUGCUUUCAGAAUAGCAUGUGCAUAAUGACAUUACAUGGUCGUGUUAACAGAGAAAGAAGAAUUGCUUCAACUUAACCAAACAAACCCAUUAAAUGAAUGAUAGACGUCGCGCCUUUGUGGCCCGAUCAGCUGCGCGCCACCCAAACAUCCUGCCACUCGGCUUUUGGCGCUUGCCACGCUCCUUCCCUCUAAUCCUAUUAAGACACAACAGCAAUCAUUGAUGUAAUCAUGAGAACGGCGCAGGUUCAGAUUGGACUACCAUCCAGGCAGCAAACAGCAGCCGAGCCGCGUCUUUCUUCACUUAUCGGCGCAAAAAACGCAGACGGAGACAUCGGCGCAGAAGCGGACAGAAGCUGCAGAAGAGGAAGAAGCGUUUGAUGUAUAGGGCGACGGAGGAGGAAGAGGAGAUAGGAGUUAACCCACUCAGGAGAUUAGUGUCCACAUGUCACUGCAGCAGACACACCGUGUGGCUUUUUGAAGCUCCGUCUCUGGAGGAGGCUUGGGUCAUUACGCGCGGCCGUUAACUUCUUCUCCCUUCGUGCCUCACUCGUGUGGCUGCCUCUCCGGUGACUUGUCACAGUGGAUGGUGAGACAGCAGUCCUCCGAGCAGUGCCUCAGGGCUGCAACCAAAAUGCCAGGCGAUGGAUUCACCAUCAAAAGUCGCAUUAGGAACUUGCUGCGUUCUCCGUCGACCAAGAUCAAGAAGAACAGUAAAGAGAAUCUCACCACCAAGGUGACGUUGGACAAAGUGCUGGGAAUCACCGCUACAGGAAACAGCGGACUGGCCUGUGACCCCCGAUCUGGACUCGUGGCCUAUCCUGCAGGGUGCGUGGUGGUCUUGCUGAACCCGAGAAAGAGCAAGCAGCACCACAUUAUCAACACCUCGAGAAAAACCAUCACGGCUCUGUCCUUUUCCCCCGAUGGCAAGUACUUGGUGACAGGAGAGAGCGGUCACCUACCGGCAGUGAGACUAUGGGACGUGGCAGAACGAAGGCAGGUGGCAGAGCUACAGAAGCACAAAUACAGCGUCUCCUGCGUGGCCUUCUCCCCCAACAGCAAAUACAUAGUCAGCGUGGGAAACCAGCAUGACAUGAUGGUUAACGUCUGGGCGUGGAAGAAAGAUGUGGUAGUGGCUGCAAACAAGGUGUCCAGUAAGGUGACAGGUGUGUCUUUCUCUGAGGACAGCUCCUACUUUGUAACUGUCGGGAACAGGCACGUCAAGUUCUGGUACCUGGACCUCUGCAAGGCAAACAAGGCCCGUGCUCCUGUGCCUCUGCUGGGCCGCUCUGGGCUGCUGGGAGAGCUACGAAACAACUUCUUCUGUGAUGUGGUCUGUGGGCAGGGGUCUAAAUCCGACUCCACCUUCUGCGUUACCUCCUCCGGCCUGCUGUGCGAGUUUAACAGCAAGAGGAUGCUGGACAAAUGGGUGGACCUGCGGACCGGCGUGGCUCAGUCCCUGUCCCUGUCUGAGGAUACGAUCUUCUGUGGCUGCGCCGAUGGAACGGUGCGAGUCUUCAGCCCGGCUGACCUGCACUUCGUCUGCACACUGCCGCGGCCGCACCCCCUCGGCUCUGACGUCUCCGCCGUCACCGAGGCCAGCCAUCUAUUUAACACCAAGGCGGACGCCCGUUACCCAGACGCCAUUGCUGUUACAUAUGACCCCGUCAGUCGCUGGCUCAGCUGCGUCUAUAAUGACCACAGUCUGUUUGUGUGGGAUGUGAGAGACCUACAAAGGGUGGGGAAGGUGCACUCUGCCCUCUUCCAUGCUUCCUGUGUCUGGGACCUGGAGAUGUUUCCAGACAUUCCUGGAGGAUCGGUUGCUGGCCUGUCGUCAGGCGCCUUCCUCACUUGUUCAGCCGAUAACACAAUAAGAAUGUGGCGCACAGAGGACUGGACGCAAACUCGUGUUCAUUCCCAGAAUAUUCUCAGCAGCGAUCUCUUGAAUACGGUCUACAUAGAUGGAAGCACAAGUGCACUGCUGGAUCCAGAGUCUAUAACAAAUGUGAAUGCAGACAAGUCAGGGGAUGGACAGACAGCGGAAAACAGGACAGGCAUCAGGACCAUCUGUGUCAGUCCAGAUGGCAGACACCUUGCAUCUGGGGACCGCAACGGGAUGCUGAGGGUUUAUGACCUCAGCAGUAGGGAGGAGAUUCUGAAGGUGGACGCUCACGAUGCUGAGAUCCUCUGCCUUGAAUACAGUAAACCAGAAACAGGCCUGAAGCUGCUGGCUACAGCUAGCAGGGACCGCCUGAUCCACGUCUUGGAUGCGGACGAUGACUACAGCCUGGUGCAGACGCUCGACGUGCACUCUUCAUCCAUAACAGCCGUACGCUUUGCUGCUAAUGACAACAAAGUGAGGAUGAUCAGCUGUGGGGCGGACAAGAGCAUCUAUUUCCACACAGCGCAUAAGACCGACAGAGGAGCAGAGUUCAGGCGUUCUCACCACACAGCGAGGAAGACCACGCUUUAUGACAUGUGCGUAGACGCCACCUCCAAGUAUGCCGCCGUUGGCUGUCAGGACCGCAGCGUCAGGAUUUUCAACAUCAGCAGUGGCAAACAGAAAAGGUUCUACAAAGGAUCAUUGAGUGAAGACGGCAGUCUGCUCAGGGUUCAGAUCGAUCCUUCGGGUCAAUAUGUGGCCACCAGCUGCUCCAGUAAAAACAUCAGCAUCUUCGACUUCUACACUGGGGAGUGUGUCGCAACGAUGUUUGGACAUUCUGAAAUCGUCACUGGGAUGAAGUUUACCAACGACUGCAAGCAUUUGAUUUCUGUAUCAGGGGACAGCUGUAUCUUUGUGUGGCGACUGGCUCCAGAGCUGACAAUCACUAUGCGAGAGCGGCUCUGGCAACUCCGACAGAACCCAAACACACCACCUCGCAGGACCCCCAGUCUCAGGCGGGAGGUGCAUAGCGCUCCUGCUCUCGGCGGUCUGUCCUCUGACAGUGACCGCGAGGAAGAGGAGGAAGAUCAGGAGGAGGACAGAGUGGAGAGUGAGGAGACCAAUGACCCAGAAGGAAGCAUGACCAAUACUUCUUCUGACAGCAGUCAAGGAGAGGAGGACACAGGAGGCUCAGACGAAGGGCAGGACUGGGAUCUGAAAAAGCUUGGCGUAGUCAACCAGGUCAUUCCCGACCCCUCUAAACGCCCCCGGAGGCGCUGGUCUCACCGUAUGGGCUCGCUGGAGCUCAUGGUUAAAUCCAUGUUGGACCUGAGGCAACUGGAGACCUUUUCUAAUAAGAAAAACCCCAACGGCCCCUCUCACGACAGAGAGAGAUGGAGCACGUCCAACCUCCAAGAGCCCACGCAGUUGGACGAGAGAUCCAGGGGGCAUCAGGCCCUGUCGCACGCUGACUGGACGUCCUCCCACUCGUCCAAGGGCAUCAAGGGGGCUGAUGGAGCUGUGCUGUUCCCUGAGGAAAACGAGGACGAAGCCAGUCAACAGAGCAGUGAUUACAUGGUGAAGGAGCAGCACUGCAGGAAGCAAGGUCGAGGGAUCCGCAGUGGGAGCCAGGACAGCCGCAGCCCAGACAGUGCUUGUUCUCUGGGCUAUGACAGCAUGGAGUCCAGCCUGGAUGGCGUCCUGGAUGAUUCUGCGGAUGCGAGUCAGGCCAGCUCUGAUGCAGAGAGUGAGGGGAAGGAGGACCAAGCGGCGGUGAUGACGAGUAUGGAUGAGGCUCUGAGGACAGUGUCUGCUGAUCACAGUGAAGAGGAUUUCCUCAAGCAGAACUUUGAGAUGCUGGCAGAGAGCUGCAGCACAGGUGAACAGAGCAGAGUCCCCCGGCUCAGUAUGUCUUCACGCUUCCUGGCCAGAGGACAUAAUAAUAACAGAGCGGUGCCUUUGUUUGCCAAAGUGAAUGGAAAGGAACAAAGCAGCCGUUCUCCAAGGCCUCCGGUGUCAAAAGUACGGCCCUUGAUGGAAGACACUGAGAGCGGAAACACAGAAGAUAAGACUCCCGAGUCUCUCGGCAGGGCAGAGGGUCCAAGGCCUUCCGAUAGAGACUGCCCUCUUAUGCUACGACCCCUGAAGAAGAAGGCUGCCAGCCCCCACCUCUGGAGGAUGCCCAACACUCCACCCAAAGCUCCAAUGCUGCUGGACGCAACACUGUGCUUGCAGAAAUCACACUCGGCCCAUAAUCUGGCCACGGACUCUCUUUACUCCCCUGCGCCCUCUAGUGACCGAAGGGAGUUGCGCAAGAGACCUCAGGAGCUCUUCCUGGAUCAUGACACUCCCAAACCUUCCUUGCAUAUUUCUUCACCUUCCACCCCGUCCCCACAGUCUCCCCUGCCAUGGGACAGCCCCAAACUGAAGCAUGUUCACUACAUGAACCCCACUGCCAGCUCCAUGGCCAAAAUGUGCCGCUCCUCCUCUCUGGGAGAUGUUAUCCAUCUGGGCUCUCCUCCGUCCUCCCCCCGCCUCCCUAAGGGCAGGAUGUCAUCUGAGGAGCUGGAGGUCGAGCCCCCCCUGCUCGCCUCAUCUCCUGUAACCAUUUUCCCGUCAUCUGCCUCCUUACCAUUGUCAUCAAGCAGUCCCCUCCCAACACCCACUCAUCCUACAGCUACGGUUUCACCAGCUCCCUUUACCCAGAAUGCCCCGCCCUCUCGCAUCCCGCUUCCUAAGCAGCCUCUGAGCCCCCGACGCAGCCUCUGCCUGGAGGUGAAGCCGAGCUUGAGUCUGUCUGCAGGCGCGUCGAGGGCUUCUACUCCUACAACAGACGCUGCGUGUGAUGUUACACCUGCUCCGGGAAUCAAACAAGCUCGAGCCAGGCCUAUGUCUCUAAGUUUAGACUCUUCUCUGCCCGUGAAGCAGAAAAGGGAUUCGGUUUCUGAGAGUGCCAAGGAGCCAGGUCAGGUGGCGUUGGCUAAAGGGUGCCCUCUGGUGCCUGAACAGACAGCGAGCCUCCACCCAGAUCACGCAAUCACCUUGGAAACUUGCAGACAGGCCAUCACAGACCUUCACAGCAGUCUGAGGAAAACAGUCCUCCUUUAUACUACGGUGUUGCAGGGCGGCCAGCAGCCAGGUGAAGAGCAGCGGGAGAUGAGGAGCAUCCUGUCCGACGCCCUGCUCUCGGUGAAGGCCGAGCUGGACACGCUGCCUCCCCCGGCCCCGCGAUGCGAAGGGCCCCAAGGGGACCAAGGGGGCGUAGGUGAGGGAGAUAAGGCCCUGGCUCUGCUGGAGCAGUACGCCGAGCUGCUGCUGAAGUCUGUGGAGAGGAGACUAGAUACCAAGACCUGAACACGUGGACCAGUGUUUGAUAGGCCCGCAUAUCAUAUGCUAGGAUCAGGUAGUCACAGCAGCACUGUGGAUUGCACACUUAUUAUUUGCACAGAAGUCUUUUGGAACUUUAUUCGUAGAAUGAAAGCAGAUGAUAUGUCAGUAUGUUUAUGUAAGAUGAGUAAAUGAACGUUGAGUACUAUGCAUUGAUAAAAAAAAAAGAACUAGUGUACAAAAAUAGGUUGCCUUAUUUUCAAGUUGCCAUGGCUCUUGUGUUUCUAAAAAUCAAAUGGUGUAAUGAAUCACAAAAUGUUUCAAACACUACAGGGGCAAACAUGAUGUAGUGUCUUAAUGGUUUUUCUCAUUUCUCACUUCAUGCUCCUGGGCAUGUAAACGUUCUCAGUUGCUACGGUUUAAUUAGUUGAUUUCAUUAGGAUAAUACAUAUUUUCUGGUUAACGUUCCCAUUCUGGCCAAUUUAUAGCAAACAAUGAUGGCUGAGGAAGGUACUUCAAAAGGUUCAUCCUUUAGGGAACAAAUGGGAAAAAAUUCCAAUUAUGCAUAUUUGGUUUUGUGAAUUUUCUGUACAGCUGAAAUCCAUGAUCUAAAUUAACUCUUAUUUGAAAAUGUUUGGAAACAAUAAAUACAUAUAUGCUGGGAACCAUGAAUAUUCUUACCAGUUUGAUAAGACUUCUCUAAACAAAAGAUAGAAGAAAUGGGGGGGAAGAGCACGUUCAAGUAGAAGGCUGCAGGAAGGGAAGCUCAGAUUCGAGAACAAGAUACAGAGGUAUGAGGUUACAGAUGACGUGUCAGCUGAACGACCUAGAAAUAUGCUAGUCACUGAUGUAUUCAGGCUUCCUCUGCCAUCAGUGCAAUUCAUAUUUUUGUUCAGACUUUGCUGUAAAUGGAGCUGUAAAUGGAGGUGUAUGAUAGUUAUUUGUGCUGAUUUUUAUGUUCUGUUGAAUUUUUCUAUUUCUCUGAAAGAGAUUUCAUUUGCUUCUUUGUACAGUUUCAAGCUGUUGCACUGUUAAAAAAUAAACAGUUCAAACGCUG